AUGGGUCGAAGAAAAUUGACGAUGAAGACCCUCCAGAGCAGGAAUGCUCGCCGGGCUUUGUUUGAGAGGAGGAAGAAGGGUUUAUUGAAGAAAGCUUCUGAACUUUCCACACUCUGUGGGAUUGAUGCCUGUGUGAUUAUCUUCCCUCCUCCAGAUUCUGAAAACCCUAAAGCUGAGACCUUUCCCCAGGAUCCCACACAGUUGAUUCGCAAUCUGCAAGAGUAUAACGCCAAGAAGAAAUGCCCCGAGAAACGAAGAAAGAACUACGAUCUCCGUGAGUUCUUCACUGAUAGGAAGAACCAGGUUGAAGCUGAGACCUCCGGAGUCCGUGAACAGAGAUUGAAGAUGUUGUGUCCAACCUGGGAUGACAGCUUUGACAACCUGGGAGAGGAUCAGAUGAGGAUGUUUAUUGCUGCGUUGGAUUGUAAGCUCCAAGAGUGUGAUCAGACAAUUGGGUUGCUGAACGCAAAGAAAUCAGAGAUUCCUGUGGUUCCAAAUAUGAGUGAUGAAGCCAAUGUUGUAUCUGAUCCAAUAAAGCGACUUAUUGGUGAUGAUAACACUGACCUGAUGGAAUCAUACCCUCUUCAUGCCCAGAUGCUUGGGUUUGAUUCAACGUGGGAUGACAGCUUCAAGGACCUAGGAGAGAAGCAGCAGGGUAUGUUCAAUGAUUCAAUAUUAGAUUCUGUGCUUCAAGACUGUGAUUGUCAAAUGACUGACUUGUUCUAA